UUUAUGGCAACACAUUUGUUUCGUUUCUAACAUUUUUCAUCUGAAGUUUUACCUUGUUAAUAUCACGAAAAACUAAUAUUCACCUACCAAAAUGAAUAUAAGAUGUGCUCGACCCGAGGACUUAAUGAACAUGCAACACUGUAAUUUACUAUGUUUGCCAGAAAAUUAUCAAAUGAAAUACUAUUUUUACCAUGGUUUGUCAUGGCCUCAAUUGUCUUAUGUUGGAGAAACGUCAGAUGGGAAUAUAGUUGGCUAUGUGCUGGCUAAAAUGGAAGAGGAUCCAGAAGAUUCCAUUCCACAUGGUCACAUCACAUCUUUAGCUGUUAAACGUUCACACAGACGACUUGGUCUUGCCCAGAAACUGAUGGACCAAGCCUCCCGGGCUAUGGUGGAAUGUUUUAAGGCUCAUUAUGUUUCUCUACAUGUUCGUAAAAGUAACCGUGCUGCCCUUCAUUUGUACACAAAUACCCUAAAGUUCAAAAUCAGUGAGAUUGAACCAAAAUAUUACGCAGAUGGGGAAGAUGCCUAUGCUAUGAAGCGCCAACUACCAAAGAGAAUGCUAAUGAUUUACUGGAUAGUAUACGUUGUGCAGGACUCGUUCGACUAA